ACUGCACAGACUUAUAUGAUUUAAUGAAAAAAUAUAAAGUACUGUCUCAAAAAUUCAAGCCAAAUGGUGCGCGCGUGUUUUCACGCAGAAAUAAACCGAGAAUAAGCGCGAUUAACCAUUUUAACCACCAAAACUCUUUGCAUCCUAGGAGUCACGUGAAUGCUUGGUUGCAAAAUCUGAAAUCUUACAACGCCAGAGCCACUAUUACAGUUUUAAAACAGCACAAAUUUGAUCGCAUAAUAAAACGAAACUAGUCCACUCCGUGUCUUAUUGGCCGCAUGUCGCAGCCCGCAGCUUUACGCGGAUAAACAGCAGCUGUGCGCCGCAGAGCAACAAAAAGGAAAAAAACCAAGGACAAAAAAGAUUUCCAACCAUCGACCUUAAAGGAAAUUAUCUUCCAUCCGUGCAUCCAGCAGUUCACCUAAAAAACUUUAAACCCCGCGAUCGCAGCACCGGCGCCUCCGUGGAGCUGCGUAAAACCCCCGGAGUGUUUUUUUUUUUUGUUUUCCGCACAGACGCAGACGACUCCCUCCUGCUCAGCAGCGGCCUCCAUUUUAGCUCCUUGCCCGGUCGCUACCUCACGUGUCCUGGACUGUCUUUCUCACAUGACCCGUGUGUUUGUCCCCGUGAUCAGCGCUUCCAUCUCCGUAAAUCAGUGUCGUUGAAUAUCGGCGUUUUACACCCCGCAAAAGCUUCAUGGAUAUGCUGGAGCAGAGUCUGGACAGCUCGGCGAGUCACGACAAACAGGACACAGAAGAGGUGGUGCAGCUACAGGAAGGAGAGGCGGUGGGGGCGGAGGAGCAGACUGCAGUGACCAUCACCGGUGUCCCGCAGGCUGCCUUCGCAGACCACAAUGUUCAGUACCAGUUCCGCACAGAGAACAGUGGAGGACAGGUGACCUAUCGCGUGGUUCAGGUGACAGACGAUCAAUUAGAAGCAACAGCCGAUGCGACUGGAGCUGUCAGCGUCGUCUCCACUGCAGCGUUUGCUGGAGCCCCUCAGGCAGUGGCCCAGGCUGUUAUCCAGAACCCUUUCAGCAACGGGGGCAGUCCUGGUGGGGAUACGGUGGGAGGAGAGACCCGUUUCGCUUAUUUCCCUGCCGCCACCGUCAGCGAUGGAACAGCCACAGCUGUGUCCGUGCAGGCCACCGCCGACCCAACGAUAGCACAGACGGGAGGUCAGUUUUACGUGAUGAUGAGCCCCCCUGAGGUGCUACAGACGACGGCCCCUCGCACCAUCGCACCACGCACACACACCUACACAGCAGACCUCGGUGAAAGCGAGAUGUUGCAGCAUGGCAGUUCAAACUGGAAGGUGGAGGGUCCGCGGGCGCCCAGAGACGAGAGGCGGAGAGCACAGCACAAUGAAGUGGAGAGAAGAAGAAGAGACAAGAUUAACAACUGGAUUGUCACUCUUUCAAAAAUCAUCCCUGACUGUAGCAUAGACAGCAGAACUGGAGCGAGUAAAGGAGGCAUCCUGUCCAAAGCAUGUGACUACAUCCGAGAGCUGCGUCAGAGUAACCAGCGACUGCAGGAGAGUUACAAAGAGGUGGAGCGAGUCGAGAUGGACAACGAGCUGCUCAGACAACAGAUCGAGGAACUGAAGAAUGAUAAUGCACUGCUUCGAGCACAGCUACAGCAGCACGGUGUAGAAGUCAAUGGAGAUGCAACACCGCAGUGAUUUUUGGACUGAGCACACGUUACAUCACAAACACAAUGUCGCGUCCUCCCACCCACCUGAACAAUACCAGGAAAGGAAUAACAACGAGAGACAAUUUCCAUCUGAAAUUGGACCACACAGACACACGCAGGGCUCGAGAAGAACACUGAAGGACUGCAAACGCCUCCUCCACCUCCAGCUGUUCAUGGCUCAGCGCUCUGAAGUCCGUUAACUGUGUAGCCAACUGAACCUCUCACCUCUGCUUCAAGGACCUCUACACAGCACCGCCGCGCUCGCACCAAACUUUUCUUUUUUUAUUUUAAAUUAUAAACCUGCCGCAGAAAAUUUACUUUUAAUAAUUUCACCUUUUUAUCAAACUUUUUCUCUUACUUCUGUCUUAUUUUGUUGACAUUUGCUGUGUUCAAAACUACUAAAUGUGACAUGAAUGAUAGGUCCCAUUUACUUUUUAUUUAUUAGUCUUUAAAGAAUGUGUACACACAGAGAGAAAAAGAAAAUUGUGAAUUUACGCUUUCCCCAACAGCAAACACAACACUGCUAUUAAGCAUAGUUUUACUCUCAGUGGAUCAUAUGUAUAUAAAGUUGUUCAAUUUCUGCCUCUUUACACUGACACUCCAAGCACUCGGCAGAGCUCACAAAAUUUCUGAACAUAAUCCACUUUCAGUAAAUAGAAAUAAUAAUAAUAAUGUUUUUCUGACAGUCAAAGUGAAAGCAGCUUGAUAGUGCAGGCACGGAGGUUUAAUUUUAGUUCAGGGCCUUAAUAGAAGCCUGUUGGAGAAUCUAGGUGAUAACAUAGCUCAGGUAAUUGGGAUAGUGCACUGGCAAGUGGUUCCCAAACUCUUGAUAACAUGAAGUCUUUACAUAUAGAGUUUAAAUCUCUCUUGUGUCCCCUUUAGGUGCAAUGUAAAGAUACAUAUGGAGAUGAUUUUCAAGGUGGGAAUCAUUUUACACGGGCAUUAAAAAAUGGUUGGUUUGUAUAUCUGGUCACUGGUGUAAUGCACUGAAAUAGAGGUUAUGAGAGGUCUUGGUUUGAGACCGGCCUCUGUUUGGCCCACUCGUCCUGCUGCAUUUCAGUGGACGCCCGACGUGGCUUCUUUUGCAAUCUUCCCUAAUUCUUAAAAACUUUGGGAACCUUUGCCACUGACGGACAGUAAAACAGCUGUGGUCAGGAAUGUGCUGAAGGUAGUUUGGAUGCAAGUGAUGAUAGUUGUAACUAACCAGCUUUUGUCUACACUGAAAGUCACCACAGCAUGGAAAUAUAACCACUGGCAUGACUAAUUCUGAUACUACAAUAAAACAGAAGUGUUUAUA